AUGCUCGAGUGGCAGAAGGGGUAUUGGGAUUCUUUCGUUCGCUGUGGGACUGCGGCAGGGUAUGGACAUGGUUAUGGACAUGGAUAUGGAUACGGACAUGGACAAGAGGAUGGGCACUUGAAUGCUAAUACGCCUGCGUUUCAACCGGUAGCUAGUGGUGUUAGUGCGCAUGGCUCGGGAUCGCACUGGUCAUCUGCUAUAAGCAAACAAUCCAACGAAUUUUGGAAUACAGACGCCCCUGUUUUUUCACCAGUAAAUUUCUUUGCGGCGUCCUCUUCACCGCAAAAUAGUCAAGAAGUGGAAAGACUGAGUAGGGGAUGGGAUGAAUGUGAUUUAUCACCUUUAGCGGAAGAAAGGGCUGGGUCGGCUGAGGGAUGGACUACGGAACUAGGAAAUCAGGAAGCCGAGAAAAAAGGAGAAGAAGAUGAUGAGACGGAAACGGGAGAAGGUUCAGGUUUAGGUUUUGGGGAAGGGGAAGGUGGAGAUUUUGCAAUAGAAACAGCUAUCACAACACCUACGCCCCAACAAAGUGCGAGGAUGACGCCGACGGCUGCUGCGAAAAGUUGUAAUGAUGUGAAAUUGGCCUUCUGCGAUGGAACGUGGGGGGAUGAAAAGGGGUGUAUGGAUGUAUGGGAGCGGAGGGGCGAUGAGAUGGACGGAAAGGAUAGAGAGGAGGGUAACGGGAGGAGAUCUUCGUUUUUGUAUAUGAAAGAUGAGGUGUUGGGUGAGAGGAAAUGUAAAAGUUUACCUUGGGUGAGUAGUAAGAGGUUGAUUGAGGUUUGUGCAGGGAAGAAAGAGGGGGAGGGGAGGGAGAAGGGGAGAACUAGCGAAGAAGAGGAUGGAGGGGAGUCGUUAAGGGAGAGGAAUGGGGUUGAUCAGGUUUGGUGA